ACACCACCUCCGGCUCCAGUUAAUCGCCCCCAACACGGGAGAAGAAGAGUUGCUCGCAGAAGGGGCGGGGGCGGGCGCUUCGCUCUCCACGCAGGCGCUCGCACUCACACGCUUACGCCUAUCGCGAUAGAGGGGCGAGAUCGGCGCUGGCCCUUUAACAGCCCCUUCCCCGGGACCUGCCUGACGCGUGCGCACUGAGCUUCUGCGCUUGUCAUCAUGGCGACGCGGGGCCAUGUGCAGGACCCUAACGACAGGCGCCUCCGGCCCAUUUACGAUUAUCUUGACAAUGGUAAUAAUAAAAUGGCAAUUCAACAAGCCGAUAAACUGCUGAAGAAGCAUAAGGAUCUUCAUUGUGCUAAAGUUUUAAAGGCCAUUGGAUUACAGAGAACUGGAAAACAAGAGGAAGCCUUCACCUUGGCACAGGAGGUGGCAGCUCUUGAACCCACAGAUGACAACUCCUUACAAGCACUAACUAUUCUUUACAGGGAGAUGCAUCGACCGGAGUUAGUUACAAAGCUUUAUGAGGCAGCUGUGAAGAAAGUUCCCAGUAGUGAGGAAUAUCACUCUCAUCUCUUCAUGGCCUAUGCCAGAGUGGGUGAAUACAAGAAAAUGCAACAGGCUGGCAUGGCUUUAUAUAAGAUUGUCCCCAAGAAUCCUUACUACUUUUGGUCUGUGAUGAGCUUAAUUAUGCAAUCUAUAUCAGCACAGGACGAAAACCUCUCAAAAACAAUGUUUCUUCCACUUGCUGAGAGAAUGGUAGAAAAAAUGGUUAAAGAAGACAAGAUAGAAGCUGAAGCUGAAGUUGAACUUUACUAUAUGAUCUUGGAACGUUUGGGAAAGUACCAGGAAGCCUUGGAUGUCAUUAGAGGGAAAUUAGGAGAGAAGUUGACAAGUGAGAUUCAGAGUCGGGAAAAUAAAUGCAUGGCUAUGUACAAGAAGCUGAGCAGGUGGCCAGAGUGCAAUGCCCUUUCCCGCCGCCUCCUGCUGAAAAACUCAGAUGACUGGCAGUUCUAUCUGACUUAUUUCGAUUCUGUCUUUCGACUGAUUGAAGAGGCCUGGACCCCUCCUGCUGAAGGUGAACACUCUUUAGAAGGAGAAGUACAUUAUUCUGCAGAAGAAGCUGUGAAGUUUAUAGAAGAUCGCAUAACAGAAGAAUCUAAAAGUUCACGCCAUCUUCGAGGACCACAUCUAGCUAAGCUAGAGCUGAUUAGACGUUUACGAUGUCAAGGUUUUAAUGAUGAGUACAAACUGGGUGAUCCAGAAGAAUUAAUGUUCCAGUAUUUUAAAAAGUUUGGUGAUAAACCUUGUUGUUUUACAGACCUCAAGGUGUUUGUUGACCUCUUGCCUGCUACACAGUGUACAAAAUUUAUUAAUCAGUUGCUUGGAGUUGUUCCAUUGUCGACACCAACAGAGGAGAAGUUAGCACUGCCUGCUGACAUUAGAGCUCUGCAGCAACAUUUGUGUGUGGUACAGCUGACCAGGUUACUUGGCUUGUAUCACACUAUGGAUAAAAGCCAGAAAUUGAGUGUGGUCAGAGAAUUGAUGUUAAGGUACCAGCACGGUUUGGAGUUUGGGAAAUCCUGUUUGAAAACGGAAUUGCAGUUUUCAGACUAUUACUGUCUCCUUGCUGUCCAUGUGCUUAUUGAUAUAUGGAGAGAAACAGGUGAUGAGAAUACUGUGUGGCAGGCCCUGACUUUGUUGGAAGAGGGAUUAACUCACAGCCCUUCUAAUGCUCAAUUCAAAUUGCUGCUUGUUCGAAUCUACUGUAUGCUGGGAGCAUUUGAACCAGUGGUGGAUCUGUACUCAAGCCUUGAUGCUAAGCAUAUCCAGCAUGAUACCAUUGGUUAUCUUUUGACCCGAUAUGCUGAAUCCCUAGGUCAGUAUGCUGCUGCAUCCCAAUCCUGUAACUUCGCGCUCAGAUUUUUCCACUCCAACCAGAAAGAUACCUCAGAAUAUAUUAUUCAAGCUUAUAAAUAUGGUGCAUUUGAGAAGAUCCCAGAGUUUAUCGCUUUUAGGAACAGGCUGAAUAAUUCUCUUCAUUUUGCACAAGUCCGUACUGAGCGGAUGUUGUUAGACCUUCUACUUGAAGCAAAUAUAUCAACCAGCUUAGCAGAAAGUAUAAAGUCAAUGAAUCUUCAGCCCGAAGAAGAUGACAUUCCAUGGGAUUCUUUGCGAGACAAUAGAGACUUAAAUGUUUUCUUCAGCUGGGAUCCAAAAGACAGGGAUGUUUCUGAAGAACAUAAGAAACUUUCCUUGGAGGAGGAGACCAUAUGGCUAAGAAUUCGAUCCAUAACGUUGAGGCUGAUCAGUGGACUUCCAAGUCUUAACCACCCUGUGGAGCCCAAGAACUCAGAGAAGACCACUGAGAAUGGCGUCUCCUCCCGCAUUGAUGUUCUUCGUUUGCUCCUUCAACAGCUAGAAGUGGCCUUGGAGAAGGGGAAGCGAUUCAUCGAGAAAGAAAUUCAGUAUCCUUUCCUUGGUCCUGUACCUACAAGAAUGGCUGGAUUUCUAAAUUCUGGUUGCUCUUUCUGUCAGAUCAGCUCCUUUUAUCUCCUUAUUGAUAUUUAUGAAUUGGAUACUAAUGGUUUAGAGGAUACAAUAGAAAUUCAGGAGCGAAUAGAGCACAGUCUUCAGUCUUUAUUAGAACAAUUAAAAGAUAUCUUCAAUAGAUGUAAAGGUGACCUCCUAGAAGUUAAAGAUGGAAAUCUGAAAACACAUCCUACUCUUCUAGAGAAUCUGGUCUUUUUCGUUGAGGUAUUUCUUUGUUCUUUUUCUUAAUAUUAUGCUUUCCUU